CCGGCCUAAUGAACGACAACACAACUGUAGUCGUGAAAGGCGAAGAGGAGACGCUGCUUCUCGCUAGGAAUUGAACGGUUUAGCUUUCCUUUAUAAAGCUGUAAACUACCAUGCUCUAACUACUCUAUAAUUUAUAUCCCAAGAGUUGGCAGUCGUACUGACAUGGCAUCUGUUCACUGAACUGCUCCAUCUUCAGCCACAGCUAGCACCAAGCAUUGGUGUGCAACCUCCCAGCGAAUGAGACUGACCCACCAUCACCAUGGAAACAGAAACAGAAGUUAUUCCUAUCUGGCAGAAUAAGCCUCAUGGAUCCACCCGUAGUGUUGUGAGAAGAAUAGGUUCCACUCUUCCACUCAGACCUCCACAAAGGGCAUGUUUCCAGGAACUACCAGGCCUUCCACCUCUUCGGCCUAUGGAUGGCCCUAUGGUUCCUACCUUGGCAGACAUAGCCUGGAUUGUUGCAGAUGAAGAGGAGACAUAUGCCAGAGUGCGGAGUGACACUCGUCCACUGAAGCAUGAAUGGCGGCCUACACCCCUCCUGGUGCUCCACAGGAACUCAUCUGUGCCCAACUUCCGCCGCGAGGGCAAAAGGAUGGAGGGGCUUAGGAAGCCUGGGGUGACGGCGCUGAACCGUACAACCGCCCUGCAGGAUGAGCUCAGCAGACUCCGAGCACAGAUUGCCAAGAUUGUGGCAAGUGAUUCUGGCUCCAACCCCCUGACCCCUGACCUGCUCUCCCCUGACGACACAAGUAUGAGCUUCUCCAUGGCGCCUUUCGAGACAGCGCCCUACCAGCCGGCUGCCACGGCUUCCGCUUCCUUUGUCAUCAGCGAUGUCACAGAGGAGGAAGAAGAGGAGGAGGAGGAGGAGGAGGAAGAGGAGGAUGACAAAGAUGUGGUCUCUGUGGUGUCAGAGCUCGUCCCUGACCCUCUGCCACCUGUUUCCAUGACGGCAUCGGCGACCUUUGAUCUGGACAGACCUAGCAUGGACUUCCGGGAGGCAGAGGAGGAUACAGUGUCACUAUCAAAGUCCACCAGCUUUGCUGAUGUUAUGGACAUCCUGAAGGACAUGAACCGCAUGAAGAUGAGCAAAGACAGGUACAACAGAGGCUGUACGUCCCUCAGAGAGGAGGACUCCGCCACUUUGAUUUCAGAAGCUCUGAGGAAAAAGUUUGUCCUGAAGGAAGAAGAUACUGCCUCUGUGAAACGGAAGUAGCCUGAUCCCGUGUUUAUCGUCAAUACCCGAUCCUGCUGCUCCAUGCCUUUGCCUGUGGAAUAUGUACCCAUGGAUCCACAACCUUGCUCCUCAGACCCGAGGCAAUAGCUGUCUGCCACAGUUAGAACAAAAAACACUUUGUCCCAGACAUUCAGAACCAAAUGUGAACUUCACAGCGCUGGUACAGUGAGAAGGGGAACAGCCAAGUCUCCAUACCUAUAAUCAGUUUCAGCACGGCAUCACAUAUUGCAUCCAGUUUAUUUCUCUAUAAAGAAGGCCUUUAUGUAUGAAUUCAUCUUUAAUGAAGACUCAGCAGACUGGUUCCACUGCUGUCCAGAAACAUGCUCUGUUUGUGGGCUGUUUUGAUUUUAGAUGCAUUUUUUUGAUUAUGUUAUAGCACACCGUGGAGCAGCUGACAUGCAGACAGUUAAAACAAAGUUUUUGGACUUAAAAAGCCUUCAAUCCAUCCUGCUAUUAAAAGAGUUUCCUUUUGAAUUUUCCACAGAAGAGAUGCAAAUAAGCUUUUUUUCAGUUAUGUAAAGAAGUCUUUUAACAUACUUGAAAAUGUUUUAUGUACAAAUGAAAGGGGUCUAGUGUACAUGCAGAGAUGGUAUGUAGCCUAUCACAGAGUGUGUUGGGAAAAUAACUUGAGAUCUUUGCUGAUUGAUAUUUGCAUUACAGUACUGAGUUUGCAGAUGUGCACGGCAGUGUACUUAAAAUGUUGCUUGCUCCACUGCACCUCUUAUGCCUGUCCUCUUGCUUGUGAUUAAUACAUAGAUUGAUAGUCACUGAACCACAGGACACUGAUUUUUAAAACCCAAACUGAAAGGAGUAAUCUUAUGCAGAUGAUAUAGUUUGAAGUUUGAGGUGUACAAAUCCAAGGAAUACUCAAUGCAGUGUGUGAGUGAAAUAUGCACCCAUCAUUGUUUGCAACUGUUUAUGUUCCCAGUAAAAGCAACAGAGACAAGUGUAUACAGGUCUGUUUAGACACAAAUGUGUGUAGAAUGUGCUAAUUGGUAACUGAAACCACCUUUAUGAUGUUUCUAAAUUCCAUUAAAGAGGUGAUUUCAGUUUGGGCAGAAGCGAUUAAGCUAUGUGUAAAAGUGGUUUUGAAUCAUUCUGUAUGCAGAGUUUGGGUAGAAUGCUUGUGUGAGUCAUGAUGAUAGCAAUCAAUAUUCUCGUUAUCGCCUUACCACAGAUGUUUUGCCUGUUCCAAUGCCUGAUUUUAUUCCCAUAUUAGUUCAAGUGCCAUGGGUUUGUUUUAAUCAGCCCACCCCUCAUUGCCUGCCCUUUCCUGAAUGCAACUUCCAUCCUCAUCUUUACUAAGAUUUCCAUGUUUUCAUCUGACAAACAUGUAGUGAACAGUGAUGUUAAGGACCAGUUUUGUUUGUGUGAUAUUGCUGAAUGUUUGUUUCAAAAUAACCCUUCAAAAGAAAAGCUGUUAUGUCGUUUUUACCUCCACAUGUGUCACUCCUACUCUGUUUUUCAUUUGUCAUGUUUAUGCCCACAUGACUGGGAAUCCUUUAGUGUAGUUUUGCGGUGUGAAAAGUUUCUGCUAAGUGAUCUGUUUGGAUUGAACAAGAAUGUGCCCGUGUGUGUUGCUGUAAGCAGUCAAGUUACAAGUAUGUUUUGUCUUGCUAGACUUGGCCCUCAACUUGUCCUUGGUGAUCUUCUCAAUUUUCUCUUUGGUCAAAGUGAUCACAAACAAGCCAACAAGCUGAGAAAACUAUUAUAUGCGAAUUUAAAUAUGUUAAUCGUGUGUCUGUACUUGAGAUACUCUACAAACUGCAUCACUAGUCCAGAUCAUAAAUUGAGAGGAUAAUUUAGCUGAUCAGGAUUUUCCACAGACAUUGUUUUCUCUUGUCUUGUUUAAUGUUUUUUUGCCAUUGUAUUUCUGUGUAGGAUUGAGCCCACACCACGAGCUGUGUGUUUUUUGUCAUGUGAGGACUUGUAAAUAAAGAUUGGCUGAUGUUUUGAAACUA